AAAAGUGUUUGUUUUACAUUAUGAAAUUAUUUGCUUUUGUUUUAUUGAUCGUGGCCGUCGUGAGCGUUAAUGCUCAUGGUUAUGGUGCUGGUGCCGGUGGCGGUGCUGGCGGACACAGUUCAGCUAAUGCUGGUGGACAUGCUUCUGCCGGUUUGGGUGGAGGUGUAGGGGGUGGAGCUGGUCAUCAUGGUGGUGGUAGUGCUGGACAUUUAGCUGGUGGUGCUGGCGCUGGUUUACAAGGAGCUGGUCAUCUUGCUGGUGGUGCUGGCGCAGGUUUACAGGGAGCUGGUCAUCUAGCUGGUGGUGCUGGCGCAGGUUUACAAGGAGCUGGUCAUCUGGCUGGUGGUGCUGGCGCUGGCUUACAAGAAGCUGGUCAUCUAGCUGGUGGCGCUGCUUUACAAGGAGCUGGUCAUCUUGCAGGUGGUGCUGGUGCUGGCUUACAAGGAGCUGGUCAUCUUGCAGGUGGUGCUGGCGCUGGCUUACAAGGAGCUGGUCAUCUUGCAGGUGGAGCCAAUGCUAAUGCAAAAGCUAGUGCAGCUGCUUCAGCUAUUGGCGGUGGUGUAGCAAAUGCAGCAGCCAAUGCUGCUGCAACUGCAGGAGCUGCUGGUGGUCAUGGAUAUGGACGUUAAUUGACAAUGGUUUAAUGUGUAAACAAAUAAAUUUUGCAAACUUAAA